AUGGGCUCAACGUAUUUACCAAAGCACCUAAAACGCCUGAUCAACACAGACUGGUAUCAAAUGAAGAAAAAAACAAGGAACAAUGCGAGAACAGGAUAUUUGUUCCAAUAUCUCACCUACAGUUCUGUAAUAAAAAGCAUAAAGGAGGAAGGGAUAGUAGUUCAGAGAAGUCAGAGAAAUAGCCCAAGUGCUGAAUUGACUGUUACUGGCUGGGAGAUUUCCCGAAGAGCCAUUAAGGCCUGGUUGCUCCUGGUCACUUCGUUUCUUCUCUGGCCAGGCUGCUCUUCUCAAAAUGAAUGUGAAGAACCAGAUGAGAUUGACUUUGGGGAGAUUGUGAGCUCUGAGAAAGCCAAGUACCUGGAAAACGACCAAGUGCAAUACAGGUGCGACCCUUCCUACGUCUUGGAAGGACCUGAAUGGAUUCAGUGUAAUGGACAAGAAUGGACCCCUCGCCCACCAAAGUGCUUGGCACCCUGCAGUAUCUCAAGGCGACGGCUAGCAGCGAAAAAAUUGUUUGUGUUUGGGAAUCAAAGAAAAGCUCGGCUUAUUCAAAGUAAUCAGAGCCUCCAAUUUCUGUGUGAUGAAGGAUAUGUGCUUGUGGCUCCAUCAGUCAGAAAGUGUGUUGACGGUUACAUGGAUUUCCCAUUAUGCAUCUCUGAAACAGGAAAAAACUGCGAGGAUCCACCCAGGAUUGAGAACGGAGACAUUAUUACUUUAUCUGCGAAGCAAUACAGAUCUGGCUCUUCAGUAGAAUUCAGAUGCCAAAAGGAUUACAUCAUGGAAGGCCAGAAGAGAUCUUUUUGUAAUGAUGGGGCCUGGACAGAAGCCCCCAAUUGCCUCCAAAAGGGCUGUGAUUAUGUCGAUAUAGAAAAUGGAAGAAUGGAAAAUCAUGAUGAACAAUUUCCAAAAAGGGAAGGAGAAACAUUUCGGUUUUAUUGUUAUAAUGGUUUUCUGCCUAAAAGCAAACGUCAAACCUUGCAAACAGUGACAUGCACCAAUUCCGGCUUUGAACCAGAACCGAAGUGUUUCAAAACAUGUGAUCCUCCUCUACGUUUUUAUCACGGCCACUUCAUUAAUCCUCACCGGAACAAGUACACAGAAGGUGACAGGAUUGCAUUUGUUUGUGAUAAGGGAUAUUCUCCUGCAAACCAGCCAUCAACAUCCACUUGCACUCAGAAUGGCUGGUCACCUGCUCCAAGUUGUGCCUUGCCAGAGGGAGGAUGUGGACAUCCACCUGCUGUGGACAAUGGAGACAUUGUGGAGACACUCAAGGAAAUCUACGUCCAGUCUGAAAGUGUAACUUAUCAGUGCAAAAAUCUCUACAGAAUGGAAGGAUCUGCAAGAGUGACUUGUCAAAAUGGCCAUUGGUCACAAACACCAGCAUGUAGAGAUAUUGAAGGAAAAUGUGGACGCCCACCUCCUGUGGAGAAUGGAGACGCUGUGAACACACCCAAGCGAAUCUAUUUACAGUCUGAAAGUGUAACUUAUCAGUGCCAAAAUUUCUACACAAUGCAAGGUUCUCCAAGAGUGACUUGUCAAAAUGGCUGUUGGUCACAAACACCAACAUGUAGAAUUGCUUGUACAGCAAGUGAAGAAGAUAUGAGACAACGUAAUAUAAGGCUGAGGUGGUCCAAUAGGGAUACACUAUAUUCUACGGAUGGAAAUGUAGUGGAAUUUGUAUGUUUAAGAGGCUAUAGACCACAUCCAUCUUCUGGACCGUUCAGAAUUUAUUGUGUGGAAGGGAAAUUUGACUAUCCGUAUUGCACUCGAUUCUGACUAAAGGAACAACAGAACAUGUACACCAUUCUUUGAGCCAGAAGAUGAAUGUCAGAAAUCAUUUAUCCUUCUCCUGAAAGAUGACCACAUUAAACUGUAUUGUCUAUAGCUACCAACAAUGUAUCUGAAGAUAAAAG